AAUACAACAAGCUAAAUUCAUUUAUUUGUUUGAAAAGAUCAUUCGGUAAAUUUUCGUUAAGUGAAACAAUGUCAACUCGAAAGUGCCCGUUUCACGUAAGGAUAUCCGAAACGGAGGACCACCUAGUGCAAAGCUUGGGCGACAAACUGUAUCAUUGCUCGACUGAAGUUCUGAAAAAUCGUCCUACUUUUCGAGUUGGCAUCUCAGGUGGUUCGCUUGUACAGCUCUUAACCCGCGCUCUAAUCAGCCGUAAAAUAGAUACCGCUAACUGGAAAUUCUUCUUCUGCGAUGAACGCUAUGUCCCAGACGAUGAUGCAGAAUCCACCUUCAAUGCAUACAGAACUGAAAUGCAUGCCAAUCUACCCAACUUUAAGGAGAGCCAACUAAUCAAAGCUGACACAGCGCUCUCCUUGGAUGCCUGCGCCUGUGACUAUGCGGCUCGCAUAAUCGACGAAUUUGGCUCAUCUUGUCCGAUAUUUGAUUUGUUGCUAUUGGGCAUGGGACCGGACGGGCAUACAUGUUCCUUGUUUCCGGACCGAUCUGAAUUCAAGAUACACACCGAGAAGCUUGUCAUUCCGAUUCGUGAUUCACCAAAGCCGCCGCCAGAGCGAAUAACAUUUACACUCACGUUGAUCAACAAUGCGAACGAUGUGGUCUUUGUUGUCGCUGGCGCCAGUAAAGCUGACGUUGUAAAGAGCGUAUUCCUAGACGGGGAUAAAAGUUUUCCAUCUGCUUGUGUCGAGCCUACCCAUGGAAAACUGGCAUUGAUCACUGAUAGAGCUGCAGGUGCCAAAAUCUUGAGUCAUAAAUGUGGCUGUUAGAAAUAAAUUCCAUAAAAUUUC